AUGUCGUCCCCAGAGGCGGAGAAGAAGUACGAUGGCCAAGUCUCGGCGGACCCCGAGGCCGAGAACAGUCACUUUGCAGAUAACGCCGACGGUCUACAGCGUCGCCUGAACAACCGUCAGAUCCAGCUCAUUGCCAUUGGCGGCUCCAUUGGCACCGCGCUCUUCGUCAGCAUCGGAAAUGGCCUGGCCCGCGGCGGACCAGGCAGCUUGCUCAUCGCCUAUGUGCUCUACCCGUGUAUCCUCGCUCUCGUCAACAACUCGAUCGCUGAAAUGACGACGUAUAUGCCCGUGUCUGGUGGAUUCAUCCGUCUCGCCGGCCACUGGGUCGACGACGCCCUCGGCUUCAUGGCAGGCUGGAACUUCUUCAUCUACGAGGCACUGUUGAUUCCCUUUGAAAUCACCGCCAUCAACCUCGUUCUCGGAUACUGGAGUGAAGAAAUCAAGAAACCCGGUCCUACGGCCGGUAUCUGUAUCGGUGUUAUCCUCCUCUACGCUGCACUGAAUCUGCUCGCCGUCAAGGGCUAUGGUGAGGCCGAGUUCUGGCUGUCCGGUGGAAAGGUCAUCCUGAUCUUCAUGCUGUUCUUCUUCACCUUUAUCACCAUGGUCGGCGGCAACCCCACCGGCAACGCCUAUGGCUUCUAUCACUGGGUCAAACCCGGGGCCUUUGCCGAGUACAUGUCCUCCGGCUCGCUAGGCAGAUUCGAGGGCUUCCUGGCCGCGCUGUGGAACGCCGGUUUCGCCGUCGUCGGCCCCGAGUACAUCUCCAUGGUCGCUGCCGAGGCCAAACGCCCCCGAUACUACAUCAAGACGGCUUUCAAGACCAUCUACGCGCGCUUCGCCAUCUUCUUCUUUGGAUCGGCCCUCUGCGUCGGCAUUGUGCUGCCCUACAACGAUCCUAACCUGGUGGCCGUGGCGACUGGCGGCUCCGACGGCUCAGCUGCGGCCUCGCCCUACGUUAUGGCCAUGAACAACAUGUACAUCUCUGGGCUGCCCAGCGUCGUCAACGCGCUCAUGCUGACCUCCAUCUUCUCCGCCGGCAACACCUACACGUACUGCGCCACGCGCUCCCUCUACGGCCUCGCCCUCGAGGGUCGCGCCCCACGCUUCCUCCGGUACACAUGGAGCAACGGUGUGCCCAUCUACUGCUUCCUUGUCGUCAUGAUCUUCCCCUGCCUGUCUUUUCUCCAGUGCGGCAGCGGCUCCGCCGAGGUCAUUGGCUGGUUCGUCGACCUCAUCACCGGUGGCGGCAUCAUCAACUUCCUCGUCAUGAGCACCACCUACAUCUUCUUCCACCGCGCCUGCAAGGCCCAGGGCUUCGACCGCAACAAGCUGCCUUACAAAGGCUGGUUCCAGCCGUACGGCGCCUACAUUGCCAUCUGCGUGCAGCUCUUCGUCUGCCUAGGCUACAACUACGCCGUGUUCAAGGACUUCACCGCCGAGGGCUUCUUCCGCGGCUACACCAUGCAGGUUAUCAUGCCCAUCUUCUUCAUCGGCUGGAAGGUGAUCAAGAAGACGCGCUUCGUGCGCCCCCACGAGGCCGACCUGAUCUGGGAGGCGCCCACCAUCGACCGCUACGAGUCGCAGUUCACCCACGACCCUCCCGGUUUCUGGAUGGAGAUGGGCUGGUUGGUUGGCAUCAAGAGACACACAAAGCACGCUGCGGAUUAA